CACAGCAAGAAUCAUGUUUGCAUUGAUGACAAAAACUGGAUUCAUGUUGCUGGCUCUGUGUGCAUGCAUGGUGGCAUCAGAAGAAAACAUGGAAGACCCUUCAACUGGUUCACUCUGCAUCAGCGAGUGUGCCUCAUGUCCCACCAUAUGUUCACAACCCCCUCCUUCUGAUCUUGUCACAUCAUAUUCAAACCAUCCACCUCCUUCACCUCUUACACCACAACCACACCUUCCUCCUCCGCCACAACAACACCUCACACCACCAUCAUAUCCACCGCCUCCACCGCUCCUAACAUCAUACCCCUCCCCUCCUCCACUCUCAACAUCAAACCCACCACCUUCUCCACUUCUUACAUCAUAUCCACCACCCCCUCCUCUCUUAAUAUCAACACCACCGCCAAAACCCUUACAACCUCCUCCACAAACCCCUCCAUCACUGCCCUCUCCUCCACCACCACCAUUGAAGUCCACCAACAACAACCCUUCUUCAUCAGGUUCAGGACAACCUACAGUUAUUUCUGGCCCUAACUACCCCUACUACUACUAUUAUUCCUCAGCUGUUGCAUCUUCUUUUUCUCCACAUGUUAUAUCUUUUUUCCUCUUCGUGUCCUUCCUUCAUGAACUAUUCUUUUGAUGGUUCGCGAUGAAACAAGUAUUUGUACAGUGUACAGCAAUUUGACAGACAUAUAUGUUUCUUUUUUCUUAAUUCAUGUUAUACCUUUGUUGGGAAAAUGCACGUAAUGUAAGUGUAGUAGUAUAUAGUAAGAGGAAAUUCUUUGUAAACUGUGACAAAUUUAAGUUUGUUAUUGAUUGAAUGAUUUUUUUUUAUA